CUCUGUUUGUUUUUCUUUUUCCUCCUCACCAACUCCAUAACUAAACCCAACAAUAAUUAAAAAAAAAAUUAUAUAAAUUAAAAAAAAACCACCAACUCCGUCAUCUUCGUCGCCGGUCAUCUUCUCCUUCUUCUUCUUCUCUCUUCUUCGAUCUCUCCUCCAUCUACCCGCAAUGAAACACUCUCCAAUACCACCAUUUCCUCCUCAGAUUCCAAGCUAGACCAGGCCUCAUGGCGUUCCAGCGGCGGCGCCAGCAGCACGAGCGGUGGCCCAUUCCUGCUGCGCUCUUUGCCGCUGCUCUCCUCGUGCUUGCCGCGCUUGUGCUCCUUGUAUCCCUCGUUCCUCCGCCCCUCGAACACCCCGCCCUCCCCAAACCCCGUCGACCAGCCCUUCUGUUUAAGAAUCUCGCGGAGGUGAAGAGGAACGUGGUUGCUACGGAGGUUUUCCAUGUUCCGGGUGGAGGGAGCAUGGAGAAUGAUCUUUGGGUUUCCAAGCUUGCAAAUCAUUUUCACGGUUGCAGCAAUGCAAGCAGUGGGUUUGCUACUGCGAAAGCCAACACUCGAUCAAACUUGUACUUGAUGAUUGCAACCAGUGGAGGCUUAAAUCAACAGAGAACAGGGAUAACGGAUGCUGUUGUUGCAGCUCGAAUUUUGAAUGCGACCCUUGUUGUUCCUAAGCUGGAUCAAAAAUCAUUUUGGAAAGAUGCUAGCAAUUUUGCUGAUAUCUUUGAUGUGGACUGGUUUGUAUCAUUUCUUUCAAAAGAUGUUAAAGUCAUAAAGGAGCUUCCUAGAAAUGGAGGAAAGGUCAUUGGUAAUCCUUAUUCCAUGCGUGUUCCAAGGAAAUGCACCCCAAGAUGCUACCAGACUCGAGUCAUGCCUGCUCUCCUGAAAAAGCACGUUAUUCAGCUGACUAAGUUUGAUUACCGACUUGCAAACAAGUUGGAGACAGAUCUGCAGAAACUGAGAUGUAGAGUUAAUUAUCAUGCGUUAAAAUUUGCAGACCCAAUCUUAGAAAUGGGGGAAAAGUUAAUCCAGAGAAUGAAGGCAAAAAGCAAGCAUUUCAUUGCACUUCACCUGAGAUUUGAACCUGACAUGCUUGCCUUCUCUGGAUGCUAUUAUGGAGGAGGAGAAAAGGAAAGGAAGGAACUGGGGGCAAUACGCAAGAGGUGGAAGACCUUACAUAUAAGCAACCCAGAUAAGGAACGGAGGCACGGAAAAUGCCCACUAACUCCAGAAGAGGUUGGUCUUAUGCUCAGGGGAUUGGGCUUUGGUGCAGAUGUUCAUAUUUAUGUAGCAUCAGGUGAAGUUUAUGGAGGAGAAGAGUCUUUGGCGUCAUUGAAGGCUCUGUUUCCUAAUUUCCAUUCUAAAGAAACUCUAGCUAGCAAGGAAGAGCUGGCUCCAUUCUUAUCUUUCUCAUCUCGAAUGGCUGCACUAGAUUUCGUUGUCUGUGAUGGAAGUGAUGUAUUUGUCACCAACAACAAUGGCAACAUGGCUAGAAUGCUUGCUGGACGAAGGAGAUAUUUUGGUCAUAAGAGGACGAUACGGCCAAAUGCUAGAAAGCUUUACUCUUUAUUUUUGAACAGAUCCAACAUGACAUGGGAAGAAUUUGUGUCGAAGGUUCGAACUUAUCAGAAGGGAUUUAUGGGAGAACCAAAUGAGGUAAGACCUGGUAGAGGUGAAUUUCAUGAAAACCCUUCGACGUGUAUAUGUGAAAAUAAUAAGCCAAGAGUUGAUUCUGGGCCACAAGAUCAAGUCAAAGGUGGUAAUCAAAAUGAGAAGGGUCACAUAAGUAGGAACGUUGGUGAAUCACCAGAGAAUCACCCUAGUGGUGAUGAGGAGCAGGAAAUGGAUUGGCUUGACUUCGAUUAUGGAGAAAAUGCUCACAUGGUGAAUCUUGCUAAUGGAACUGGAUUGGAGUAUAAUUUCUUCCUCCGAUCUGAGGAUCCUGAUUUGGAAGAAAUCCUUUCCGACUAGCAAAAUAUUUUUGAACUUGACCAUUCUUUCUCGAAUUUAUUUGAUCUGGAAGUUUGCUCACUGCGGAACUCUCUCUUUGCCGAUGUGUGCUUCAUUCUAUUGUAUAUAGAGCCGUGAUGGAAGAACUGUACAGUGAAAAUCCUUUCCAACUUGGCUGUUAAAUCAAGAAAAUUUCACUUGCAGGAAAAACAACUUGGCAGUUCUUGAAUUUUGUUGGACAACACUGAUGAAUAUAUAUAGUUUUUAAUUUUUGUUUCUUUGUGAAAUUGAGGGGCUACUAGAGUCAGUUCUCUUGAAAGGAAAACAAACAUGAAAUGACAUUGUUUAUAUUCAAUCUUUGAAAUGUUUAUUCUUCCCCUCAGGUCUGAAGGACACAAAACUCUUUGUUCUUGUUAUUGUGCAAAUUUCCUUGCAUGCAUGAUGUCUUGAAUAGAGACUCUCUCAUGUAUACUUUCCCUUGGUAAAACAGUCAGUAUUUAGUUGGGUAUGAUACCAGGGUGAAAAAUGCACUUAGCAUGAUUUUGAAUUCAGAUUUAGUGAG